AUGGGGGGAGAGGAUAUCGCUGCUGCGGUCGGGCAGAGCCACAACAGACGGCUCGAGGUCGAAACGGGGAAGGCCGGGGCGACGACAACUGCAAGCUCCCGGGGGACGGAGGUGUUGGCUCGUGACGCAGGAGGUGGAAAGAAAGCAGGGGAGACAGCGAAGCAACGAAAAGACGCCGAGCCCAAGCGCGGAGUAGGAUGGUUCAGCUGGAGGAAAGCGAGCGAGAAUGACGACCUGACGCUAAAAAGGGUAGUUAAAGUCGAUCGGGGGGGGGAUGAUGUGGGAGAGUGGAUGAGAGCGCGGAUCUCGAGUGAGAUAAUGGAGGAAGGAGAUGAGAUGGGAUGGGAUGGGAUGGGAUGGGGGGGCAGAAUGCGCGGGCGUGAAUAUGAAAGGGAAUUAGGUAUUAUUACUGUGGUUGGUAGAGAGAGGAUGGGAUGGGGAUGGGAUGGGAUCGAUGGGCCAGUUGUGGAUGUUUCCCAAUCGUCAUCUAGACAGGUGGAAGUGGAGAUGGCAGAAAGACGGAGGAGGAUUACAUACUCGCUCGAUCGUAGGGGCGCGGGUGGGUACUUGGUUCGGAGAAAUGGUUUGAGACAACAACCAUGUGGACAUGAAACACUGGCUGAAGCUACCACAGCUAAAGACACCCCUAGCCCUCUUCCUUCCCCUCACCAUAGUUACAUGGUCAUGGCUCCCUAUUCUCGUACCCAUCAGAGUUUUAUGCUGCUGAGGGUGGACUCCAACGUCAAUGCGAUCAGACUGCUUAUAACCAUAGCACGUCAGCAAUUCGCGCUCGGAUCUACUAGCAUUGCCCGUCGAUUACGGACAUCUUCGUUUCUCGACUUUGAAGACAUGGACAGGGAUGGCCGUGUCAAAGCGGGUGUCAUGUGGUAUUUCCCACAUUGUCGAAACGUACCGCCAUUGUGCAACAACUCCUUGCAGAUAUGA